AUGACUGCUGAGACUCUUAACUUCGGCCCAGAAUGGCUCCGUGCACUGUCCAGUGGGGGGAGUGUGACGUCCCCCCCUCCUUCCCCCGCCAUGCCAAAGUACAAGCUGGCCGAGUACCGCUACGGCCGAGAGGAGAUGUUAGCACUUUAUAUCAAAGACAACAAGGUCCCAGAGGACAUGCAGGAUAAGGAGUUUGCUGCUAUUCUGCAAGAUGAGCCCAUGCAGCCACUGGCACUGGUGCCUCUCACUGAGGAGGAGCAGAGGAACUUCUCCAUGUCUGUGAACAGUGUGGCGGUGCUGAGGCUCAUGGGAAAAGGGGCGGGUGGGGCUGCCCCGGCUGGAGUGGUCCGAGGACGAGGGGCCACACGAGGCGGUCGAGGACGAGGUCGUGGUGAAGGUGGAUUCUACCAAAGAAGUAUUGAAGAUGUGGAGGUGGGUUUCGGCCGCAGCGUCCGAGAGAUACACCGCAGCCAGAGCUGGGAUGACAGGGGUGAGCGUCGAUUUGAGAAGCCGCUGCGGCGGGAGGUGGUGCGUCCUGGCUUUGAAGAGGCUGGAGGUCCCGGGGGUCCAGGGAGGAAGGAGUACACAAGGGCUGACAGUGAUAACUGGCGCACCCUCCGGGAGGAGCAGGAGGAGGACGAGGGGGAGCCGGGCAGCAACUGGAGACUCGCUGGACCCCGCAGGGAUGAUGGUGGUCCUCGCUCAGCAGGCUGGCGGGACCACGGCGCUCCAGGCGAGAGUCGCCGGAGGAAGUUUGAUUUUGACUUCCGGGACUCGGAAGGUCACGGUGGUGGCCGCCGGCGUGCAGGCAGUGAAGGACUAGAGGACGAUAGGGACGGCCUGCCUGAGUGGUGUACAGAUGAGGAAGACGGGGAGAUGGGCACGUUUGACUCCUCUGGAGCUUUCAUGCCUAUGAAGAAGAGUGGCAAGGAGACAAUCCUGGAGGAGGAGUUGGAGUUUAAGGGGAUAGAGGAGGAGGAAGAGGAGGAGAGCUUCGCUGACAUCGAGAGGAACAGUGCUGAUGGAGACAAAGAGAAAGAGAGUAAAGACACCAGCUCUGCUGUGGUUGAUGGUGAGGCAAAGCCAGCAUCACCUUCCUCUUCUCCUCCGACACACUGUACCCCUCCAUCCCUGGAGCCCCAGCCCAGCAAUGCAGGCCCGGUGGUGGAUAGCGCUCAGCUGAGCAACAGUCUCCCUGUGAAGGCCAACAGCACGCCAAGUGAAGACAUGGCUCCGACAGGGGGCUCCAAGUCCCAGCUGAGCCCCAGUGCCGCCACUUCUUCCAGUCUGCCUCCCCCACCCCCUUCCUCUACUGCUUCUCUCCUCCCUCCAUCUGGAGGAGACAUCGAGGACGAUGAAGGCAUGAAGCACCUGCAGCAGGAGGCAGAGAAGAUGGUGGCAUCACUGCAGGACACCUCUUUGGAGGAGGAGUGUUUCACUCAGGCUCUGCAGCAGCAGCAGGAGAGCAGGAACACAGCAGCCGCUCUGCCGCUGUCUCAUGAGGCCGCCAUGAAGUGGUUCUACAAGGACCCACAGGGAGAGAUCCAGGGGCCCUUCACCACAGUGGAGAUGUGCGAGUGGUUCCAGGCUGGCUACUUCACCAUGACCCUGCUGGUGAAGCGGGGCUGUGACGAGGGCUUUCAGCCCCUGGGGGACGUCAUCAAGAUGUGGGGCCGCGUGCCCUUCGCCCCAGGGCCCUCCCCGCCGCCCCUGCUGGUGAGACAGCCACCACCAACGCAGCGCCCGCAGCCCAACCGGGGGCCCGCCGGGACUGUGAGUCAGAGCUCAGCCAACGUAGAGGUUUUUCAGGGAAACCUGGACCAGGAGCGCCUGAAAAAGCAACAGGAGCUGGCAACAGCAGCUCUUUAUCAGCAGCUCCAACAGCAGCAGCUAUUCCAGCUCAUUAACAGGUGCAGUGAGCAGGGUAUGAUGCCUUCGAUGAACAGAUCGAUGUCAGUGCCAGAUACAGGGUCCAUGUGGGACAUGCAUACCUCAGCUUCACAGCCGUCAGGCGGUGAAGCCAGUCUUUGGGACAUAACAAUGAAUCCUUCUACUCAGGGUCCAACUCUCGAACAGCUUCAAAAGCUCCAGCAGGAGAGGCGAGACGCUGAACUCAGGGCGAAGCGUGAGGAGGAGGAGCAGCGUAAGAGGAGGGAAGAGAAGAGGAGGCAACAGGAGGAGCAGAAGAGGAGGGAGGAGGAGGAGCUCUUCAGACGCAAGCAGUGUCGUCAGCAGCAGGAAUUGAUCAUGAAGUUGCUGCAGCAGGCCCCCCAGCAGCAGGGUCCUGGGGCAGGCGGCUCAGGCUGGAGUGGGGGUCCCUCCUCGGGGCUCACCAAAGCAGGAAAGUCCCCAGCUCUGGCUCUGAUGGAAAUGCAGCAGGAGGCAGAGAGGCUCCUGAAGCAGCAACAGCAACAGAGAGCCCAGCAACAGAGGGACCGCCACCCAGGCAUGUCGAUGGGGAGCUCCUCCAUGGGAGGGCAGUGGGUGGAGGGUGUUGGCAUGUGGGGUGGACCUGGAGGAAUGGAGGGUAAAAGCGGCAGUGGAGGCUCUUCAGGCAGCAUGGGCAUGUGGGACGAGGCUGUGAAGAACCAGGCCAGCCUGCGUGGCAACAGCAACAACAUGGGACUGAAAAACAGCCGCAGCAGCCCGUCACUCAGUGAUCAGUACAUGAUGCGUCGUAAGCGGACAGAAGAGGAGGAGAAGCUGCUGAAGCUGCUGCAGGGCAUGAAGCCUCAGGAUGGCUUCACCACCUGGUGUGAACAGAUGCUGCACGCUCUGAACACCUCUGCCAACAACUCCUCCUCCUCUCUGGAUGUUGCCACAAUUGUGGCAUACCUGAAGGAGGUGGAGUCUCCCUAUGCAGUGCUGGACUUCAUCCGGUCCUACCUUGGGGACACAGUGGAAGCCAAAGAGUUCGCCAAACAGUUUCUGGAGCGACGUGCCAAACAGAAAGCCAACCAACAGAGACAGCAGCAGCAGUUAUCAAAGGAAGUGGCUGGAUUGAACAUGAACUUCCCUCUGCAGGACUCAAUGCGAGGUAUGAAUCCAAGCACCCUGCAGUCCAUGUUUCAAGCCAACCACAUGGGCAAGGCUGGUCUCUAUGACAACCAGGGGGGGAAGAUGAAAAAGAAACAGCCCAUGAUGCUGCACUCUGACCCCAGCAUCUUAGGGUACUCAUUCCACAACACGGGCGAGUGUCUGAGCCUGAAUGAGAUGGAGAUGGUGGAGGAUUACUGAUGUGACGCAGCGCAGCAGCAAUAGCUACCUGAGGCCUUCUGUCUUUUAAUCAGACAAACCUGAUGAC